UUGUCCAAUGCAGUUAUGAAGUUAUGCCUGCAUUCAAAAAUCAUUAGGUCACAUGAGAUAAAAGUAACAAAUAUGCAGUUUUUGUUUUAUAAACAAAACGUAGCUAUUUAAAAUAAAUUAGCAUUUUUGGCACCAAAAUGACACUUUUCAUCAACAUUUUUCAUAGAAAAUUGAAGGUACACAAAAAUCAAAUAAAAGACUUGUGUCCCCUUUUAUUCAUCAAAACCCAGCACAGAAAUAAGAAUGAACAACAUGCCAAGCAUGUUAGCUGCUAGCUUGGGUUUCCACUACCAUGGCAACCCACACAUGAGCCCUUUUGCAGCUGCUCUUGCUUUUUGAGUUCAGACAUGAUAUAUCUUUUGUUGUUCACACCACUACUGUAGCUGGAUAAUCAAUGUAUUUCAUCUCUGUAUUCUGUAGGGUGAUCAUCAUGGUUAAUGAAUGAUAUUGUUUAUUUUUAGUUAAUGUUUUAUUAGAAUAGCCUCUUGCUCAAAUGUCUUUGGAAUGGUCAAUGGGCUCUCAGCCAAUCAGGGUGAGUGAAAGUUAAAGAUUACACAUGGGGAGAUAAAUUCCAAGCUGUGUAAAGAUAGACAGGUAAGAACCAGUUCAUUUGUUGUUUAGACCCAGCAUAUCGUCUAGCAAAUAUACUAUUUAGACACAUUUGAAACAGAGUUUAAGAUAUUUUAGACAAAUGUCAGCCCUGCUAAGGUCCUGUGCUCACAGAAUCAGAUCUUUCGAUGGACUCAAACACAAGGCUUGGGAAUUAUGCAGCACAAGUUUGCUCGAGCGAUGCCGGUCCCUCCAUGUGGACAGCCGUCCUCACACACCCGCACUGAGCAGCAGCUAUGUGCACGGCACCUCCACCAUCCCUCUGCUCCCCCUGACCGUGGGCCAGAGUCUGGACUCCACCGUUCAGCGCUGGCCCGACCGUGAAGCUGUGGUCUUCCUGCAGGACGGCAUCCGGAAAACCUUUGCACAGUUUCAGCAAGAUGUUGACAAGGCGGCUGCAGGUCUGCUCGCUUUGGGCCUGGAACGAGGCGACAGACUGGGAAUUUGGGGACCCAACACGUACGAGUGGAUCCUCUUCCAGUUUGCCUCAGCCAAAACUGGAAUUAUAAUGGUUUCAUUGAACCCGGCCUAUCAGGUGAAGGAAGUGGAGUUUACUCUAAUGAAGGUCCAGUGUAAAGCUGUGCUCUGCCCUACCAGCUUUAAAAGCCAACAUUUCUGUGAGAUGCUGAGGGAGCUCUGUCCAGAGAUUGACUCGUCGUCAGCAGGAAUGAUCAAAAGCUCCAGGGUGCCAGAGCUGCGUAUGGUGAUUGUGACGGACAGCAGACAGCCGGGGAUGCUCCACGUAGACGAUGUGAUGCAAGCAGGGGAGAGUCAGCACCACCAACAGCUGAUGGAGCUGCAGAGAAAGCUGUCCUUCGAUGAUCCCAUCAACAUCCAGUUCACAUCGGGGACUACAGGGAGUCCAAAGGGAGCCAGUCUUUCACACCACAAUAUUGUAAACAAUGCCUACUUUCUGGGACUCAGAAUAGGUUUUAGAGAAAAAUCUCAGGUGCGAGUUUGUGUGCCCGUACCUAUGUACCACUGCUUUGGCUCUGUGUUGGGAGGGAUGGCUAUGGCACUGCAUGGCAUCACACUGGUCUUCCCUUCCACUGCCUACAACAGCCGAGCCAACCUGGAGGCCAUUCAGAGUGAAAGGUGCAAAUAUGUGUACGGCACUCCCACAAUGUUCACCGACAUGCUAAGCCAACAGGAUUUACACAAGUACGAUUUGUCAUCACUUGAAGCUGGCGUCAUUGCUGGUUCUCCGUGCCCUCCUGAGAUUGUGAGAAGACUGAUAACAGAAAUGAACAUGAAAGACAUAACGAUAGGCUAUGGAACCACUGAGAACAGCCCCAUCACAUUCCUUGGAUUCCCACAAGACAAUGAGGACCUGAAGAUGAAUACUGUUGGAUGUAUCAUGAACCACACUGAGGCCAAAGUGAUCGACCCUUGUACCGGGGAGAUUGUCCCUCUGGGGGCCUCGGGGGAGCUGAUGGUCAGAGGCAGCUGUGUGAUGCAGGGAUACUGGGACGACCCUCAGAGAACCAGUGAAGCUAUCUCCCAGGACCGCUGGUACAGGACUGGUGACACAGCCAGUCUAAACAGUUUGGGAUACCUUCGCAUUGAAGGACGUAUGAAGGAUUUGAUCAUCCGAGGAGGGGAGAACAUCUAUCCUGCUGAGAUAGAGCAAUUUCUCUAUACACACUCGAAAGUAAAAGAGGUGCAGGUGGUUGGAGUGAAAGAUGAGAGGCUGGGUGAGCAGGUGUGUGCCUGCAUCAAGCUGAAGGAGGGCCACACCUCCAGUGCAGAGGAGAUUAGAGCGUUCUGCAAAGGCCAGAUAUCUCACUUCAAGAUCCCGCACUAUGUGAUGUUUGCAGACAGCUACCCUCUGACAGCCUCUGGAAAGAUCAAAAAGAACAUAUUAAAGGAGGAAAUGGAGAAGGAAUUAGGCCUUUAAUUGUGUGGCCCCUGGUGGACAGCUGAGGGAGUCAGACACUGAGCAGUGUUGAGUAAAGACUUUCUUUACCAACAGCUGGACUGGGACUAUAUCACUGAUCAGCUGCUGGCUCGCCACUCCCUGACAUUCUUUUAUUUGUACUUCACACCUCAUUACCUCUGCAUGUUUAAUGUUAAUAUACAUCAGCUUCAUGAUACAGUAUGUAAUGACAACCCACUGGUACAAGCCAUACAAUGUGACUGCAAGCUUUA